AGUUCGUGUGAUAAAAAUGUCGGGUCUCCAGUGAAAGUAAUGGGCGCGGCCGUCAUUGAAAAAGGCAUAUUAUCUCGACUGUGAAAUACCUUCGAUUUUGUGCCGAAAUUUGGUCAUUUCUCGACCUCCCUUCCCGUGAUGGAGGUCGACGCUUCGAGUGAUGCUAUCUACGAUGAUGAAAAGCGUUUUGAUAAAGCGAAGAACGGAGUUUCAAACCAUGUGAAGUCUCUCAUCGGAGCUAAUAGAACGUGUCCGUCGGGUGCGAAGAAGCUGGUCAUCAAGAAUUUCAGAGAACUGCCAAAAAUACCUGAGAACUACCCUCAAGUUGCGUGGAAGUCACUUGAAAAUGCGGUUGUUGCCAUUCAAGAAAGGAAGCCUGUUUCCACUUCUCUGGAAUCUUUGUAUAGUGCAGUCGAAAAUCUGUGCAAUUUUAAUCUUGCCUCCGAUGUUUAUGUCAAAUUGAAAGCUCUGAUCGAGGAACAUGUUCGUGCCAACAUCGAGCAAUUCAUCACGUCCGAAGCUGAUCACGAUUGCUUUUUGGGCAUGAUCAAUGACGCUUGGCAAGCCCAUUGUCAGCAAAUGAUGAUGAUUCGCCAGAUUUUCUUGUUCCUCGAUCGAACAUACAUUUUGCAAACACCUGGAGUCGUUUCUAUAUGGGAUCUCGGGUUGGAUCUUUUCCGGGAGCACAUCGUAAAACAUUCAAGAGUGGAAAGUCGCACGUCUGAUGGUAUCUUGUCAAAAAUAGAGCGUGAGAGGAAGGGCGAAUCGAUAGACAGAAAUUUACUUCGAUCACUCCUGCGAAUGCUGUCUGACCUGCAAAUAUAUCAAGAAAGCUUUGAAAAGAAAUUUCUCGUGGCUACUGGGGAUCUUUACUCGGAAGAGGGAAAGGAGCUCGUUGAAAGAUUGGAUGUCGUCGAAUACUUGGCGCAUGUCAAUCGAAGAUUACAAGAGGAGGACCAGCGCGUUCUGCAUUAUCUGGACAUGACUACAAAGAAAGCUCUGACGAGUUGUGUGGAAAAAAUGUUGAUCAGCGAUCACGUACCUAACUUGUUAGCGAAAGGUCUUGAUAAACUACUGGAAGACAACCGAGUUAACGACCUUAGUCUCAUGUACGGUCUUUUCAGUCGGGUGAAGGAUGGGUUGAAAGAGCUGAACUCAUGCUUCAAUGCAUAUAUCAAGAAACGUGGCCGAACUAUUGUGAUACCCAACGAGUCAGAAAAUGACAGGUCAAUGGUCCAGGAGUUGCUGGAAUUCAAAGACCAGAUGGAUAAUGUUGUAGAGACUUGUUUCCGGUCGAAUGCCAAGUUCCAAGUUUCUUUGAAAGAUGCGUUCGAGCAUUUCAUCAAUCAACGCCAAAAUAAACCUGCCGAGUAUAUCGCUAAAUUCAUCGAUUCAAAGUUGCGAGCUGGUAACAAGGAAGCUACAGAAGAAGAACUGGAGCGGCUGCUGGAUAAGAUCAUGGUCCUCUUCAGAUUUAUCCACGGAAAGGAUGUUUUCGAGGCUUUUUAUAAGAAAGAUCUUGCCAAGCGGCUCUUGAUGGGUAAAAGUGCAAGUGUUGAUGCGGAGAAAAGCAUGUUGUCUAAGUUGAAACAAGAAUGUGGUGGCGGAUUUACUUGCAAGCUGGAAGGCAUGUUCAAGGAUAUGGAAUUGUCGAAAGACAUCAUGCAGGCUUUUAGACAGCACAUCUCAAGUAUGAAGCAUCAAUCUGUCCCACCGCUGGACCUGAACGUCAGUAUAUUGACGAUGGGUUACUGGCCUACUUACCAACCCAUGGAAGUGCACUUGCCAUCCGAAAUGGUGAUCCUUCAAGACGUCUUCACAAAGUUCUAUUUAGGAAAGCAUUCGGGGAGGAAACUACAGUGGCAGCCUGCUUUGGGACAGUGCCUGCUUCGGGCCAGUUUUCCUCAAGGAAGCAAAGAACUUCAAGUUUCGCUCUUCCAAGCGUUGUGUUUGCUCAUUUUCAAUGCUGGCUUGGAAUUCAGCGUCGAUGAGAUCCGGAAACAUACGAAUAUAGAGAUCACGGAGUUGAAGCGAACUCUGCAAAGCCUUGCUUGUGGAAGAACGCGUGUGAUCGUUAAAAAUCCACGCGGUAAAGACGUUGACGAUGACGACAUUUUGCAAUUCAACAAAGCCUUCUACAACAAGCUGUAUAAAAUCAAAAUCAAUUCGAUCCAGUUGAAAGAAACCGUGGAAGAAAAUCAAAGCACUCACGAGCGUGUUUUUCAAGAUCGACAAUAUCAGAUCGAUGCUGCCAUCGUUCGAAUUAUGAAAAUGCGAAAAGCACUUUCCCACACCCUCCUCAUCGAUGAGCUGCUUCAUCAACUCAAAUUCCCCGUGAAGCCGGCAGAUUUGAAGAAACGGAUCGAAUCACUGAUCGACAGAGAUUACAUGGAACGUGACAAAGACACAGCUACGAUGUACAACUAUGUAGCGUAGAAUUCUCUUACGAUUUGGAUUUCUUCUGGAUUGCGGCCGCCACGCAAUGCGUCUCGAUGGUGUUUUGGAGGGGGUGAUGCUUUUAAUUUUUGUCCAAUUUGUGUGCGUGUACACAAGAAAAGUUUUUCUGUGAAGUGUCUGGCUCAUCUCAAUUUAAUUUUACACGAUUCUUCGCCGCUUUCCUGUCGUACAAUUUUUAUCAUUGUCGAUUCUGGUUCGAAUGAUCCAGAAUAGAAACCGUCCAGAAACCCCAAAAAUCACCUUCAACUUUUGAUCUAAUGACGGACAGAAUCACAAACCUGUCAAGGCUGUACGGUACUUAGGGUGGAAGGCUCAAGUAAUCUGGAAUUUCAAUGAUCACAAGUUGAAUUCAAAAUGGUGAGGUAACUUAAAUUGAUUCCAGAAGAUUUUUCUGGAUUUAGUGUCAUUUCAGGCAAAGCUUCUUGGAAUAACUACAUUCCUUUCGAGGUACCGUAUUAUAUUUCGUUUUCCUUUAACGAGUUGGGCUUUCUCAGAAAUUGAUAUUUUACAGAAGAGAAACUGCUGUUAUUGUGAGCGUUCAUCGCUGGAUUUUAUGAACUUCAUGUGCUGUUUUCGAAUUAUUAACGCUGCAUUUUCCGCUUGCUGGUUCCGAGUAGACAUGAGACGUAGCAACGUUCGACGUCAUUUCGAAGUAAACAAUGAAGUUAAGUUGAAGCGCCAGUUCACAAAAAGUUUGUCGCGCAGGUUACAGCGGUACUCCGUUCCCAAGAGGUAAUAGAAAUUUUGUAGUCCGUCUGCAUAGCUGCGCUUGAAUGGUUCAGUCUUUUGUGUGACGGAUUCAUAAUUUCUAUGUAGCCCCAGCUAAUCCGGAAGUAUGUGGAAUGUGAGAAUAAUUUUGAUUCGCGUGCUGUUCAUAGCCUCACAAUUUGUCACCUUUGGUGACUGCGCAAGUCCAGUGAACCGUGAGUACAGUACUGUACUUGCUUUAAGUCGAGUACAUCAUAGUUUCCUUUGAAUUCGGUUGCACUCUGUGUGAUUUGGACACGGUUCAGUUGCUCAGACUGUCGAAUGCGGAAACAGCCCGAUCGGUUCGUUGUUGUUUCGAAGAAACGGUGGAUAUCCUGGUAACGUGGCUGCUUCGGGUUUGUACAUCGUUGGAGGCAAUGACGCUGCCCGGGGGCAGUAUCCUUUCAUGGUUUCAUUGUCAAGCAAAGCGUCUCCUACUUCCCACUUCUGUGGUGCGUCGAUGAUCCACGAGCAGUGGGCUAUGACAGCUGCGCACUGUGUAGGGAGCGACACCAACAGUAUUUACGUGGUUAUUCGAGAUUACAACAAAGACACUGCAUCUGAAGCAGGGCAGAAUCCUGAUCAAGAAAGCAUUCUCGCGAUUAAGCGAAUCAUACAUCCCGAUUACUCCUCGUCAACGUUUAAACUUAGCGGCCCUGACGUGGCAUUGCUGAAGUUGGAACGGUCGGUAGUGUGGGAUAAUUACGUGCAGCCGGUGUGCUUGCCACCGACUGACUUUGACUCCGACGGCAUGGAAGCAACCGUGAUCGGAUGGGGAACACUUUUCUUUUGUAAAUUAUCUUCCUAUUAUUGCGAUCGUACGAGUUUUGCAAAAUUUGCAGGAGUCUCCAACAAAUUUUGGCUCAUUAGCAAUUAUAACCUUGUACUGGAUCCGAUUUUUAAUAAUCUCUUUAAACAAAUAUUUAAAAGCAUAUGAGAUAUAAGAAGUAAUCACGUCACUAUUGAGGAACCUCUAAUGUUCGACUACGGGGAGCAUCUGGAAGAGCCUAAAGUACUUUUUUUGUUUCCUUUAUUGUGAAUCGCUUCUUUUUUUAUCAAUUCUCGUAUUAAUUGUGACAGUGACGAAUUCAGUCGCCAGAAAUUGGUUCUCGUGUUUCAUCUGACCAUACCGCUUUUAGGCGAUUCCAAAGACUUCGAGUAAACCACUUUUAGUAUCACUUGAACGACGACAAGGUUUUCUUCCCUAAUUCCUCCGAGACUAUUUACAGUUGGAAAAAUGCCGGCUAACCUGAGGCAAGUUACUGUGCCGAUUAUUUCAAACUCAUUCUGCAAAUUCUUGCUGGGCGUCAUGUCACUCGGAAAAAGUACGGUCAACGACAACGAAUUGUGUGGUGGAUGGUUCGGAUUUAAAGACUCCUGCAGUGGCGACAGCGGCGGACCAUUGUUCGUAUCGUUGGAAGGAAAAUACACUGAGAUCGGCAUUGUUUCGUGGGGAAUCAAAUGUGCAAAGCCCUUCAAGCCUGGAGUUUACUCAAGGGUCUCCAAGUUCGUCGAUUGGGUGCGAACCGAAGUGGCAAAUGGCUGACGACUGAAAUUGCGAACGCGUGAUGGUUUCGGAUUUUGACGGAUUUUCGUGUGAUACUGAACAGCUUGAGCCCGGAAACACUGCUUUUUAAAAAACAUUUUAUAAUAUUCUUAAGGCAUCUGAAGAAUUCGUAUUGAUUCUGCGGGUUCCGAACUUUUUUUUUUUCAGGUAACCAGUGGUUUUCUGGGAAAAUGCGUCGUGUAGAUCUGGCUGUGGCUUUACUCAGUCAUUUUAUUUGGCUUGUCGAGGCUGUCGCUGAACAAAAUCCGAAAAAUGAGAAAGUGUUGUGGACGGAUGGGAAACAAGGUGGUCGGAAGGAUCUUUCACAUCAACCGUGGAACGUCGAUUGUAAUGAAAAUCCCAGCGAAUUUCGAGGAAUCAUCACUGCCAUCUGGGACGAUGCCAAUAAUUUCGGAGAUAUCGAUAAGGUGAAGUGUCGAAGAGGUAGCGCAUCCUUUGAAACCGCUCUCCUCGAUCAAUCGAUGCUUCAGUUUUUCUCUGCGACUCCUGUUGAUUUGUGCCCGAAGGACUAUGUUUUGACGGCUCUCUGGGACGAAUUCUACGAUUUUGACAGCGUCAUGUUCGGGAAAUGUCAAAAAUUGAAGCACUCCAAGAUAAAUUACGACGAUUGCCGUGUGAUACUAACCGAUGAGAAAUCUGGCGGCGCCUCAGAUUUGUACAAGCGAUGGAAUGUCGAAUGUGAUGGAGGAAUGGUUGGAGUAGGAUUAAAGCGCAACUUCGAAAGAAUUUUAGAAUUCCGUUGCUGCCGGAUAGAACCGUGAAUCUAUUCAAUCCAACGAAUUGCAUUUCUUUGGAUCGGUUUUACUGUAUUGCCUUCGACUGCGGUCCAUGUUUGUGCACUUUAUGUUAAUUUGUUCAGGGGAUUGUUUAUUGGAACUUCGAUCUCAUUAUACUGGGGAAUGGUAUUCAAAGAUAUGAAAAAUGUUUGUCUCGUGCCGUUCCUGAUACGCAUUUACACCACGAAUACAUUGAUGCGAUUUCUGUUGGAAACAUGGUGUUGCUGUUGAGGUACAUGGCUGUUAUUUUAAUUUUUUACCUCUUUGACUGAAUCCAUGAAGAAUACAGAUGCAUUUGAUGAUUUCCCAA